CGCCGUAUUUCUGGUCCGCUCCCAGCACUGGGAAAACAUCGCCCGCUAUCCAAAUAUCCAGCUCCGUCUAUAUGGCCUUCUCAGGACAAGGAAUAUCAGCCGCGAAUUAUUCCGUAUCCCCAGCUUUAGCUGGCUAGAUUCACCAACCUGCACUUAACGACGUUAUAAGGUUGCCAUAGAUCGUCAUCAUGAGUCUAUUGGAAGAACGGAAAAGCACACAGUAAUGCAUUCUUCUCCCAGCACCACCAUCACCAUCGCCGUUGUCGGAGGGGGAAUAGCAGGAUUAGCCACUUUUAUCUCGUUAAAUCGGCUUCCCAAUGUCUCUGUGCAUGUUUUCGAGCAAGCAUCUGAGCUACGCGAAGUUGGAGCCUCAAUAGCGAUAGGACCGAAUGGGCUUCGCGGUUUGGAGGAAAUAGGUGUACCAGAAGCGUUGAGCGAUGAUGUUGGCUUUCGGAGUGAUCAUGGAAUACCGCACGUUUUUCAGCAUUGGAGUACUGGGGAAGUCCUCGCACUGGAAAGACAUUCAGCAGGCGUGACCGAACGUCGACACCAUACCUCACGUUUCUUCCGGCCACAUCUGGUGGAGGUCCUGGCCAGCCAUAUACCGGCAGAGAAUCUUCAUCUUGGAAAGAGACUCGUUGAUGUUGAAUUUGAAGUCAGUGGUCGUCCGGUCCUCAAGUUUGAAGAUGGUCAAACCUUCAUGGCCGAUCUGGUAGUAGGUGCUGAUGGAAUCAAAUCGCGUGUUAGAAGUACCUACCUACCUAAUUUCAAAAUUCAACAUACAGGAAAUAUAUUUCUACGCGCAGUCUUCCCAAUAUCUCGACUCUCAGAUUUGGAUCUGCCUCGGAUCCGGAACACGGUUCAUACCAUUGGCCCAGAUCGCACGUUUUUCUCUUCCGCACUAGGUUGGGCUCGCACAAUCUUACGCCCGGGAUUGUUGCUGAUCGGGGUUAACGUUUACUUCAUUAGCGAACGACCUAUUUACUGUCGUUACCAGCAAAUACGAAGGCCUCGAGAGCCCCAUUUGGAGAGACAAACAAUGGGAUCAGGAAGCCGAUUUAGAGCGUUUUCGUUCUUACUUCGACAAGGACUGGAACCCUACCAUCCGUGCUCUCGUUUCGCGGACGGAAAACCUUCGUGUAUACCCUACUCUGAGCUCAGAGGGAAUUCCCGAAGCCACAUGGAGGAAUCGUAUAGUGUUGGUCGGUGACUCCUUCCAUCCUUUUGGUGGAGCCUUCGCAGCAGGUGGUGGAAUGGCUAUCGAUGAUGCCGUGGCACUCUACCUCGCUCUUUCACACACGCAAGGGAAUUUACCUGCGGCGUUGGGACUGUACGAAGCCACGCGAAGGCCGCAAGUGGAGAGGGUUAUGGAGGCGGUGAAUGUAAAUCGUAAGAACGCUGGAGAGUGGAGGGAUGAUGAGAAAAUUAGGAAGAUGGCGAGUACUAGGCAGGACGGUUAUGGGGCUUGGUUACACGAGCAUGAUGUUCAUGAGGCGUUCAGGGCAGCUCUUCUCCGUCUCGGGAUACCAAACACGGAGAGUGCGUUUUGAUCUAAUGGGAAAUGGUAGCGCGUUAUCGAUCAGGAGUGCCUGAAAUAUUUGUACAGUAUACACGAGUCAGUCGUGCAACCCACUUUUAUCC